AUGAUUUCCUUAGUGAGGCGGUGGGCCUCGCACCUCAUCCGCGAGCACGCGCGGGCCUUCAUCAAGGACGUUCCAAGAGAGCUGCUGAACUUUUCCUUUUCGAGCUGGUCCUUGGAGUUGGAGAGAAUUGACCUCCAGGAGCAAGCGUUGGAGCAUCUUGGCGUCUUCCUCCCGCUGCAGGUGAAGGAGGCUUUCCUCGAGGAUGUGGUGAUUUCUCUGCGAUGGGGGUCCUCGGGCAGCGUGUCCAUCCAGGCAAGACGAUGCGUCAUCAAGACGGCCGUGCGUCCGUACCAGGAUUGGAUUGAGACUUGGCGUGCAGCGCCUGACCUAUCCGGCCGGGAUGCAGCCAAGAGAUUCAAGGCGGCUGCCCUACGAGAACACGAGGAGGAGGUCUUAGCGCUUGCUCGGAGGCAACUCGGGCUCGAGCCAAAGGGGCAGGGCUCCGCGCUUUUCAUGCCGGAUCUCGAGAUCACCCUUGGUACAGGUGCUGAGGAGGCAGAUAGCUUGCAGCUGGAGAUCGAGGAUACGCAGGCAGACGCCCGGGUUCCGCUGGCCAUCAGCUUGAGCGGACGGCUGGCUUUCAACCUCUCCCUCCGGCAUCUGGCGAGCCCGAAGUACCCGGCUUGGCGAUUAGACCUGAACUUCUUUGAUGUCGCGCUCGGCUGUGCACUGGGGGCGGAGACCUCGGAGCCCAUUCUGGGCCCUUGCGAUCUGCUUUGCGUGGAGCUGGCUUUCGCGAAGCACGGGAAGGUCUCGCCCGAGGAAGUUCCAGACUGGCCCCAGCGACUGCUGCAUGCCCCCGCAGUCUUGGAGGAGCGUUCAAGCUUGGCGCCCACACUCCCGACCAUCCACCUGGCGAUCGGCAGCGCGAGGCCCUGCCCUCUCCGCGUCUCCCUGGACCAACUGGGCGCCCUGACGAAGCACGGGCUCAGUUGGGGCCGAUGGUUCGCGCUGAAAGAGGCGCUGCUGGUUGAUCUUGAUGAGGAGGUGAUCCCGCUGGCCUGGUCUGAAGCAGGCGCGGCGCGCUACCGCCAAAGCUGGCUCUCGAGCCUCCCCCGCCGUCUGAAUGCCGAGGAGGCGAAGCGCCAGCCAGAGACGGCCGCGGAGGGAAGCCGGAGCCGCAGCGACGAGGCGGAGGAGGAAAGCAUGCUGCUGUGCGAGGAUCCGAAAUUGGCAGAGUUUGAGUCAGCGGGACUUCUUGGUGAAAUCCUCCGGGAGCGGCGCAUCGCGCUGCUGCAGAGCAGCGAGGAAAGCACACCGGCGAUGAUCUUCUCAGCGCUCCUGGGUGCAGUGGCCAUGAGCAGGUUCGGCAAGAUUCAAGAUCUUGGGCCAGACAACCUAGGGGUAAGAAUGGUGCGGGGCCAACAGGUCGGGCAGCUGGUCUUCAUUGACGGUCCGGUGGAGCUUUAUGAGAAUAGCAACCAGUUCCUUCUCGUCUCUCCUGCGCCCGACAGCGAGACUUCUCGCAUUUGCGUCCAGUUGGGCCUGGACAAGCACCCUGACCUGCCGCCCACGCACCUCGCGGUGGAGCGCUUGGUGGAGCUGGAAGAUUGCCACCUCCUCACGUGCCUCCGGCUUGCUCUUUGCAGAUCGUCAGAGCUUUGA